AUGGAGCAACCACCACCUCAACCUCAAAAUAACCCGUUUCCUCAAAGCGAUUCUACAGCAACGCAUCAGUCUGAAAACCAAACCGGUCUCCAAGCCUCUUCGCGAUCAAGUACAAGACCCGCGAGGCCUAGUAUUGUUUCAUCGCUCCUCAACUUUGGGCUCGACACAUCUGCCAUUCCUCUCAUCAGCAACAAAACUCGCCGACGAUCUUUCAUUGUCCACAAUGUAGCAGACAUCGACGACCGAAGAAGAUUCAUUCUAAAGCUGGCGAAAGCUCUGAUGACAUUUGGUGCCCCAUCCCAUCGAAUUGAAUCUCAACUUGUUGCUGCAUCGAAAAUUCUAGAAGCCGAAGCCAUGUUUGUACACCUGCCCAAUAUCAUCAUCGUGACUAUUCGCCAUGGACAGACUACUAGAACCUACUUUGUUCGCGCCAAGGGUCGCAUCUCGCUCUCUCGUUUGAACGCUGUUCACCGCAUAUACCGCCGGGUGCUGCACGACAAAUUUCAUGCCAAGGAAGGUACCAUAGCCCUCAAAAAACUGCUUGCGGCUCCUCCUGUGUACAACCUCUGGAUUCGAUGUCUCUUUUCUUUCACCUGCGCUUCAAUUCUUUGUGUCUUGUCUUUUGGAGGCUCUUUUCUUGAUAUGUGGAUCAGCGGAUGCUGCGCCGCCGUUUUGCAAUAUCUUGGUCUGAACGCCGCGAGCAAGAGCUCCAUGUAUGCCAACGUCUACGAAAUAUCUGCAACCAUUAUCGUCGCCUUUGUUGCCCGCGGGCUUAGUAAUAUUCCUGGCAAUUAUUUCUGCUAUAGCGCGAUCUCUUCAGCAGGUGUCAUUGUCAUCCUCCCUGGCUUCACUGUUCUGGUCUCCUCAUUGGAGCUAAUGUCCAAGAAUAUGUUCUGCGGUUCUGUCAGAAUUGUCUACGCCGUCAUAUACACCCUGUUCCUUGGCUUUGGUUUGACCCUUGGUUCCGACUUAUAUCUUGCUGUGGAUGGUCGAGCGCGAAGAGCCUAUCAUUCUGGUCCUGCUACAGAUCCUACCACAUAUACUCAUGGAAUAUUUCAAGUGGGCAACGGAUCUCAUACGGGAACAUCGAUUUCAGGAGUACUUGGUCUCACUGGGCGAAGUUUUGAAAAUGAACACAUAAUCAAAGGUUGCUUCCGCCAUCCAGUCUGGCCAUGGACUCGACAGCCUUUUCCUUGGUGGACGAUGCUCUUCUUAGUGCCCUUGUACACGACCUCCUCUUCUUUGUCCAAUCUGCAGAGUGUGUCUUCAUGGGAUUCCCGGAAACAGCUGGCAAUCAUGGUCUUCUUCUCCUGCUGCUCGUAUACUGCCAACCGAGCCGUCAGCCAAAUACUCCCUAGUCGACCGGACAUUGUUUCUGCCACAGGCGCCUUCAUCAUUGGAUUGUUGGGAAAUCUCUAUUCUCGACUUCUUCGGGGAACUGCAUUUACUUCGAUGGUGACGGGAGUUCUCUUCCUAGUACCGUCUGGCAUCGCACAGGGCGGUGGACUCACACAAACAUACAAGAGCUCAGUCGAUCAGUACUCUAGCGGAUUCUCACUCGCUUUGAGAAUGAUAUCAGUUGCGGCUGGUGUGAGCGUUGGGCUGUUUGUUGGGCAAGCAGUCGUUUAUUCCUUCGGAAGUCGUAAAAAUGCGGCUCACUUCGCUUUCUGA